ACGCAGGUACCAAUAGUAACUCUUUCUUGAGGCGGUUCGUAAGAGUUCAACCCAGGACUGGAUCAUAGUUAUGCGCCUUAUGGUAGUGUGGGGUAGAGGCGGGGCGGAGUGAAACAACUAUCUAUAGCAAUAAAGUGGCUAGGCAAUAACCCCAUGCAUGGCUGAUCUUUCAAACUAAUUGUGACAAAAUUAUUUUCCACAAGCAUGAUUCCCUUGAAUUUAAUUUCUAUCGGAGCCAACCUUUUAGCUAAACCAGUCGGUAUUUUCUCAAGUUCUUCUUUUGCAAGGUGCACAGUGGCAGUGUGCAAAAGCUUCAGUACCACUUCGGCCCAGCGCCCCAAAAGGCCCCUUACGAGUUACAUGAGAUUCGUGAAACAGCAGCGUCCGCUCGUGGUCAGACAAAACCCAGAUUUGAAACUCGUGGAUAUAGUGAAAAGGAUUGCCCAGCAUUGGAGAGCACUGUCACCAGAACAGAAACGGCCUUUUGAGGAAGCCUCGCUGGCUGAUCAUGCGCAGUACAAAAUGGACAUAGAGCGGUACAAAUCCCAGCUCACUCCAGCUCAGUCUGCAGCACUGAAGGAGGAGAGAAGGCAGAAAAUGGCCAAAAGGAGGUCCAUCAGGCACAAACGGGAGCUCACGUUGCUGGGUAAGCCCAAACGGCCCAGGUCUGCUUUCAAUAUUUUCACGGCGGAGCAUAUUCCUCAAGCCAGAGGAACCACAAUGCCGGCAAAGUUGAUAUCAGUGACGGACGACUGGAAGAGACUGCACCUCUCACAGAAACAGGUCUACAUUCAACUAGCUGAAGAUGAUCAAAUCCGUUACAAAAAUGAAAUGAAGUCUUGGGAGGAGCACAUGAUAGAAAUUGGACGAGAGGACGUUGUGCGGAGGAAAAAUCUUGCACCGAGAAAGACCAUCAGCACAAAAGGGGGCAAAAAGAAAACCAAAGUUAAAUCUGCUAAAAGUAAAGUUGCGGCGAAGUCAACAAGUACUAAAUCAUCUGGCAGCAUCAAAGCAAAAAAGACUAAAAAAACAGUGAAAAGGGCUGAAGAGUGAGUCUACUGAACUUUUCUGUCACGAAGGCAAGCUACUGACCGUCCUGAAUAAAAUUUCUCAGUCAUGGGAAAUUCUUUGAAUAAUGUACAUUUGCUCUGGUGUUUAUGUACUGGUUUCUGUCCACAUUGUUCAUGUGCAUGCUCAUCCAACUGUGCAGUCAUUUUAAGUAUUAAAGAAAACAAGUGGUA